ACCCCCGCCCCCCCGGGCCGCUGUCGGGGCCCCUUGCGCCCGCCGCCCGGACCCGCCGGAGCGAUGCGCCCGGCGCCGCUACUGGGGCUGCUGCUCUGGGGGUCCCUGCUGUGCGGGCCGGCGCGGGGCCCCCGCCACGGCGUCUACUGGAACGGCACCAACCCCAGGUUCCUGCGGGGCGACUACACUGUCCAGCUUGCCAUCAAUGACUACCUGGACAUCUACUGUCCCCACUACGAGCAGCCACUGCCUGUGGGCCAGCCCGAGACCUUCACUCUCUUCAUGGUGGACCUAGAGGGCUACCGGGGCUGCCACGAGACACCCGGCGCCUUCAAGCGCUGGGAGUGUGCCCGGCCCCACGCCCCCUUCGGGCCUGUGCGCUUCUCUGAGAAGAUCCAGCGUUUCACGCCCUUCUCACUGGGCUUCGAAUUCCAGCCAGGGGAGACCUACUACUACAUCUCCAUCCCCUCGCCGGACAGUGCCGGGCGGUGCCUGCGGCUACGGGUCUUCGUGUGCUGCAAAGUGACAACCACAAAGCCCGUGACGGAAGUUCCCAGAUCGCAGCCACGGGGGCGAGGGGAGCCAGGGGCCCCUGGCCUUCCCGCUCCCAGCCGUGCAGCCCCCUCCCGGCUCCGGGGCCAGGGCCCCUGCCUCAGCCUCGCCUUCCUUCCCCUCCUGUGGAUUUGAGCCCGCUGCUGUCAGCAGAGGGAGAGUUCCUCUGAGACCCCCCCAAGACGCUCCCCCCUGGAUUGGCUGCUCUGCUCUGCCAGUCGUGCGCAGGCUGCUGUGACUGGCCCUCGGGCCUGCACCUCACAACACCCUGGGGAGUUGCCAGUGCCUGGGAGACUCUGGUGCCUGCACGCCCCCCAGAAGCCCUGCCCAGACUGGACCGGACCGCCUCAUGGCAGGGGCUCCCCAAGCUGCCCUAGAAACUCCAGCAGCAGUGCCCUGCAGGGCAGGGCCCCCCCUCCCAAGCCUCCUGGAAGGCCUGGAGGCUGCCCCCAGCACGGGCCUGCUGCAUCUCGUCCUCGGCUGAGGACGCCCAUGUGUCUUCCGCGAAGACCCUCUCCGCCGUGUGCGCGGGGUUUCUGAUCCAUGUCAAUAAAGCAUUUGCAGGACCUGG